GGUGGCCCAGAAGGCUCAACACAAACAAAAAAUAAAUGAUCCAAAUAAAAAAAAAGCCAGCAAUUUACAACAAUAAGGAAAAUAAUUUGUAAAAAAUCCAAGCGAAAACAAACUUAUACUGGAAAAAAUCGCAAACAAAUAAGGUAAAAGCAAACUAAAAAAGAAUCGCAAAUAAAACAAGACACGCAAACAAAAAAAAGAAACGCAAAUAAAAAAACCAGAAACGCAACGACAAAGAAGACUGGGGUCUAGUUCUUAGUUUCCCGCCAAAACCUAAUUUAUGCCAAUUUAUGUUGACUUAGAGCACCGCCAUGUUUUGUAGUCAGUGCGGAGUCGAGUCUUCGGACAAAACAGCAAAAUUUUGCUUUAAUUGUGGUUUUAAUUUUUCCAAAACCGAUACCAAGUCAACGUGUGGAUUUCUAGAGUUCAAACGGCGUAAGGAAGAAGAAAGACAAUCAAAAUUUGAACCUAAAAACAAGAAAGCCAAAGGCCUCGCUAGCAMUUCRUMGGUUUCUAAAGGGAAAUCUGUCAAGCAGAAGGAUGUUGUAAUAAAUGUUGGAGUGAUGAAAUAUACCAAAGGAGAAUUGAAAAGAUGCAGAGGAAAGACCUUACCUAUUAUUACUGCACCUGAGGCAAGCUCAGAAGAGAUAAAGGACAAAGCUGUUUCUAAACAUACAAACCAUGAUAAAACCUUACACCAUGGACUUGACUAUGUACUUCUUUACCCUGAUGGCAGUGAGGUUCUCAAUAUACCCGGAUCUACUCAACCGUUUGUGUUGGAAAAAUAUAAAGAAGAAGUUGGAAGAGCCUACAACAGAAYAACAUUGUAUAUUUGCACCAAAUCUGAUCUGCUGUUUUCUGAGAUGCCCAGCAAGUCCGAGUUUGACACCGAAAGCGAAGUGGAAAUAAGCUCAGACAGUGACGAUGAGUUAUUGAAGAGUAUUUAUGACAGUUCAAAUCAAGUAAGUAUUCAAACCUGACUUGCAGCUAAUCUAUGUUUCAAAGCUUGAUUAGGA